AUGUGCGCGUACCCUUUUGCGCAGCCUAAGCUGUUUCCGGGAAGUGGGUUUGUGGCCAGAGAGAAGAUGAAACCGCCGAAAGGAGAUACGGGAAUCGAUGGGAUGAUCAGCGUGGUAGCUCAUGAGCUGGCUGAAGUGUCGAGCAACCCGAUGUUGAACGGAUGGUACGGAGGAGAGGAUGCGACGGCACCGACGGAGAUAGCUGAUUUGUGUUUGGGAGUGUAUGGGUCAGGAGGAGGACGAGGGUAUAUGAGGAGUGUGUACAAGGAUCGGUGGAGGAAUGUGUAUAACGUGAAAAAAAAAUGUGUAUAA